AGGAUGUCAGUGAAUCAACUACUCUUAUUACUUAUUUUUCUUCAGACCUCCAAAACAGGGUUCAGUGCUGAGAUCUCUGUGUUAGUGCAGACAGGAGAUUCUGUUCAACUGGAUAUACAGACACAACAACUACCAGAGUUUGAUAUUUUAUUCUGGAUGAAUGAUAAAUCAGAGAAUAUUGUUAGAUAUAGUGAUUCCAAAGGAGUAACACCUCACGAGUCCUACAAGGACAGAGUGGUUUUCAAUGAUAAAACCUUCUCUCUGACUCUGAAGAACAUGCAGAAGACAGACAGUGGACUCUACACAGCAAGAAUAAUUGGAUUAAUAAACAAAGAUUUGGUCUUAUACAGAAUAUCUGUUAUAGAUGCUGUGGAGGCUCCUGUCCUGACUGUGAACUCAAACUGGUCCAGCAGUGACUCCUGUACUGUGAACUUCACAUGUAGAGCUCAUGAGCUCAUGAUUAACUCCAGCUAUCAGAACAACAGAUGCUCUCCACAGGAAGUGACAUCACAGAUCAACGCUCUCAUCCUGGACUGCAGUGAGGAACACAUCUUCUGUAACCAUAGCAACCCUGUCAGCUGGAAACAAGACAGAAGAAACAUCACACAACUCUGUGGAGAUGAAAUCUCAAAGAGUGAUUCAUCUCGCCUGGUUAUAGCAGUUGGUACGGUGGCAGGGUGCAUUUUGCUUUGUGUUUCAGCUGCUUUGUGCUUUAAGUAUAAAAAAGGUUCCCAGGAGGAGAAAGUAGAAGGUAAUACAGUCAAGUCGAGUAUUGAGGUUCAAGCCGAGACACAAGAAGAAACGGGUGAUAAACAACCCAGCACAACCUACUGCACAGUAGGACAACACCAAAAAACACCAACCCAAUCUGAAACAGACCACACAAUUUAUUCAGCAGUGUGCAAACAACAAAACAAGAAACCACCUGUCAUAUCCGCCAGUGACACUUAAAAUAAAACUGGUGGACAUUUCUCACAUGAGGAAGGUAUCACAAGAUCUGAUCCCAAAAUGGCAUUUUUACUCUUACUAUCUUGGUCAUAUCUUUAUAUGGAAGAAAUAAUGAGAACAAUAUACAAGUGUGU